GUGCAACAUGACAUCGCAUGCCAGGUAACUUAAUGUACAGCCGGCUUAUGUUGCCUGUCAAAGGCCACCUCAGCCCUUUUUAUUUGCAUCCGACAAUCGCAUCGCCGACGAGUUCAACAUCGAUUGCGGCCAUCAUUCAAGUCGUUCGCUAUGGAUCAAGUCAUGGGCGGCGAUCGCCUCCCACUGGAAGCAUGGUUCUGGGAGAUGCCUGUGUGCACGCGAUGGUGGACAGCGGCGACUGUCUUGACAAGCGCCCUCGUCCAGUGCCAUAUGGUGACGCCGUUUCAGCUAUUCUAUAGCUUCAGAGCCGUCUUUAUCAAGUCACAGUACUGGCGACUGUUGACAACGUUUCUCUACUUCGGUCCGUUUUCACUCGACCUACUCUUUCACAUAUACUUCCUACAACGCUACGCACGGCUGCUUGAGGAGUCAUCAGGUAGAUCGGCCGCAUAUUUUUCAUGGCUCCUCGUCUACGCAAUGGCGAGCCUCAUCGUACUGUCGCCACUGGUUUCAAUGCCAUUCCUCGGGCACCCUCUCUCCUCUACCCUCGUUUACAUCUGGUCUCGCCGUAACCCCGACACCAGACUCAGCUUCCUUGGCCUGCUCGUGUUCACGGCUCCGUACCUGCCGUGGGUGCUGAUGGCCUUCAGCUUGUUUAUGCACGGCACGAUCCCCAGGGACGAGAUCAUGGGUGUCGUCAUUGGCCACAUUUGGUACUUCUUCAACGACGUAUACCCACCGCUGCACAAUGGCUCCAAGCCAUUAGACCCCCCAAGCUGGUGGAGGAGGUUAUUCGAGGGCCGCAGAACAGAAGAUUCCACCACGGAUAUUGACGAUAUGGUGGGUGCAGCGGGACGAGAUGUCGCUGCCGUAAACGUGCUGUAAUCAACGACGAAAGCGAGUCUUUCCUAUUUUGGUGUCCACACACAGGGCACCCCGCUAGAUUAAACCACAGCCUAGCAAACAAGUGUAAAUAAGAAUUAACGAAAUGUGCUCUACCAAGAGGCCAAGGACCACAUACUGAAUAUAGACUACAAGAAGAAACAAGAGAAAAUAAACAACUAAAAAUAACUUCAUAACUCAAAGCCAUUAUGUUUGGUAAAAUAAAUUCAAAAUAUUCAAUAAUGCAAAACAUAACUAAUCGUAGAGAAAGUAU